AUGAAGAAGAACCCUAAUAAGCAGUUGCAGAUAAACCCCAACUGGGCUCAACUCCAACAAAAGCUGAAGAGCCAUGGCCCUAAACCUCCAGCAACAGAAACCCCAGCAACUGUCUUAGGGAAGCGGAAAGAGAGAACGGAUGCAGAGUUGGAUGAUUCUCUAUCUCAUGUCAAUCCUCUCACUCCUGUUAAUGAUGAUUGCAGUGUGACAGAUGAAGUAGCCAUGGAUUGUGAAAUGGUUGGUGUCAGUCAAGGAAACAAAAGUGCCCUUGGACGUGUUACACUGGUAAAUAGAUGGGGUAAUGUUAUAUAUGAUGAGUUUGUUCGCCCACUAGAACAUGUUGUUGAUUUUCGCACUCAAAUAAGUGGCAUUCGUCCCCAGGACUUGAGAAAAGCAAAGGAUUUUCGGAUUGUUCAGAAAAGAGUGGCAGAGUUGAUUAAAGGACGAAUUCUUGUGGGCCAUGCAUUGCGCAAUGAUCUUAAGGCAUUGCUUUUAAGUCAUCCCAAGGAGGACUUGAGGGAUACAUUGGAGUAUGAACCUUUUAUGAGGGGGAAAGGGUCCAGAAGGGCACUUCGGCAUCUUGCAGCUGAGUUUCUUGAUGUUCAGAUCCAAAAUGGGGAGCACUGCCCAGUAGAAGAUGCUCGCGCUGCAAUGGUUCUUUAUCAGAAAAACAAAAAAGCAUGGGAAAAGAGAGUUAAAGAUCAAAUUAAACUCAAGCAGAAACAGAAGAAACGAAAGCCUAAAAAGAAGCGGAAGGAGGGAGAUGAUUUGAAAACUGACCUUGCAGAAACAGCAUCCUAG